AUGGCCGGAGAGCCGCAAGGCACCCCCCAAGACACCCAAGAACGCGCGGGAGUCGACACCACCCCGCUCAAAUCCACCACUAGCCAAAGGCUCUACGACACAACCAACGAACCAGACGCGAUAACCCGGUUUCGCGAAACACAAAACCUGGACGCCGUCCUGAUAGAGGAGGAGGACCUCUCUCCCAAAGAGAUGCGCCUACGCAUGGAACAGCAAAACAAGGUGAUUACCAACAUACAUGCCCAAAUGGGCCAGAUGAUGGACUUGAUGACGGCGUAG